CGAGAGCUUUCUUGGACCUUGGAGCUCACAGAGGAUUCUAAUUCUUUUAAAACUUUGUUUUCAGGCAAUUUCCCCGAGAACCAUUUUACAUCCAGAGGAUUGCUGGAACUUGAUCUGAAGGCUGGCCAUGACAUUUCGUCAUCAGUGUCUGGCUUCCAGUUCAGAUAAAAAUGGUGAAAUGAGCUUCCGUGAGAAGCUUCUGAUUAUUGACUCAGACCUGGGGGACUACGAUGUGAAGCGAAUCAAGUUUCUCUGCCAAGGCUUGGUCUCCCACAAGAAGCUGGAGAAGUCCAGCUCAGCCUUGGAUAUUUUUGAUCAUCUCUUGGCAGAGGAGCAGCUGAGCGAGGAAGAGCCUUUCCUCCUGGCAGAACUGCUCUACCUCAUCAAGCAGAAUUCACUGCUGCGGCACCUGCACUGCACCAAAGAGCGAGUGGAGAGUUUCCUGCCAACUCGAAGGAGGGUCUCUCUGUUCAUAAAACUGCUCUAUGAAGUGUCAGAAGGCAUCGACUCAGAGAGCUUAAAGGCCAUGACUUUCCUUCUGAGAGACCAGAUUCCAAACACCUCGAUGACCUCUCUAAGUUUACUGGCAUAUCUAGAGAAACAAGCUCUAAUAGAUGAAGAUAAUCUGACGUUACUGGAGAACCUCAUCAAAAAGACUGUACCUAGCCUAAUGAGAAAGAUAGAGGACUAUAAAAGAGAGAAGGCUGCUCAGGUAGUAACACCUCCGGUAGACAAGGAAACUGAGUCAUUGCAUCAAGGAGAGAAAGAAUUAAUUUCCUCAUCGGACAUUAAACAAUUAUGUGGAGCCUUACAGGAGGGGUCCUGGCAAAAUGAGCAGGCAAGGAGUAAUGGUGACAGAGCUAUGAAUGGUGCACCAACCCCGGUCUCCAUGGAGAUGUUGGGAGCAUCUGCCAACACUCUAAAUUCUGAAACCAGCACAAAGGAGGCAGCUGUGUACAGGAUGGAUCGGAAGCACAGAGGCCACUGUAUCAUUGUCAACAACUACAAGUUUAGCUCCCUGGGUGAGAGAGCAGGGACCCAUAAAGAUGCUGAGUGCCUGAGGCUUGUGUUUCAUUGGCUUGGGUUCAAAGUACAUACAUAUGAUGAUGUGACUAAAGUACGCAUGGAAGAGGUUCUGCAGGAGCAAAAGAGUCACCCCGGCCAUGCUGAUGGAGACUGCUUUGUGUUCUGUGUUCUGUCCCAUGGGAAACCUGGAGCUGUCUGCUCCUCAGAUGGGGCCCUCAUUCCCAUUCGGGAGAUCAUGUCUCACUUCACAGCCCAGCAGUGCCCUGGACUGGCUCACAAACCUAAACUCUUUUUCAUCCAGGCCUGUCAAGGUAUAAAGGAGCAACCUUUCAUGUCCAUUGAAACAGAUGCUGUGAAUCCUGAGCACAUGUCCCUUCUCCCCAAGGAUAGUAUUCCUGUUGAGGCAGAUUUCCUGCUCGGUCUGGCCACUGUCCCUGGUUAUGUAUCCUUUCGGCACCAGAAAGAAGGCAGCUGGUAUAUUCAGUCUCUGUGUAAUCAUCUGAAGAAGUUGGUCCCAAGACAUGAAGACAUCUUAUCCAUCCUCACCGCUGUCAACGAUGAUGUGAGUCGUCGAACGAGCCCAAGUGGAACAAAGAAACAGAUGCCCCAGCCUGCUUUCACGCUAAGGAAAAAACUAGUAUUCCCUGUGCCACAGGGAGCUCUUGUAAUAGAGUAGGGAGUUUUCACUGACUCUUAGACUUGAAAUGAACCUUUGGUUACAUCUCCAGCCUCCCACCCAGUGCAGGAAUCAGUGAUUGAGGGUGAGCUAGCUAGUCUCCACCUGUCAUUCUUAGUAAUAGGAAAUGCCUUGUUUUCUGACACAGUUAAUUCUGUUCUUUUGUCUUUUGACAAGUCUAAAUGUUAGAAAACUUUAUUGAAGACUUGGGCUGUAGCCUUGGUUUCGAGUAUGCACCCUGAAGAGAAUAAUUGGCCUUGGUUUGUGUGUCUCUGAAAUGCAAGGUGGGACCAGGUACAUUUUAAGCUUCCUUCAAGCUCUAAGAACCACUGUUUGUAGCCUCGAUGGAACUUAGAUUUCCUAUAUAGAUGACCACCCCCUGGUUAUAAUUAUGUGUCCCCUCUGUGUGGCUUUGUACAUUGGAUGAUGUGAUCAUGACCCACCCACCCUCCUGCUGCUCUUCCCCUUCCUAAGCCUUCUCUUCUGCACAUCUACUGAGGUGAACAUUUGGUCUAUGCCAUGCCCAUUUCCUACUUUAGUGUAUGGUGCUCAUGCAGGAACUGUUUUUCUUGGGCUGGAGACAGGUCUGGCUAUAGGAUGGCAACAGAAACUUUACAAGCUGAUGUCAGAUUCAGUGUUGGUCAGAACCUUUCAGGUCCUGGUGACAGAACACUCAACUCAAAAUGACUAAAGCGAAGAAAGGAAUCGAGUGCCUCUUUUGCCUGGAAAUGCACAAGUAGGUACUACUGGCUUCAGGCAAGGCUUGAGUCAGGACUCAGUCUACGGGACAGCACUUUUCUUUUGGCCAGAAGUCCUGAGGGUGGGCAGCUGCACAGUGCUGACAGCAGUAAACUGCUCCCACCUUGUCACUGAUAUACUUUACUCCUCUGGCCCAGAAGACAAGGAGAGAGAGAUCAGGUCAGGGACUGAAGCUGUUCAGAGGGAUCACUGGGCUCUUCUGUGCCUUGGGGGAGUGGCUCUGAUACCUUUUAAAAUUAAGCUUUGAUACUUUUUCUCUCUUUUUUUUAAGGUUCGAUACUUUUUAAAUUAAGGUUUUUUUGUUUGUUUGUUUGGUUUGGGGUGGCUGGCCACUACCAGGAAGCGAACCCUUGACCUUGAUGUUUCAAGGCUGUGCUCUAACCAAUGAGCUAAGAGGCUAGUCCCUUAGGUUAAGGUUUUGAGCAUCUUUAUGUACCCGAACUUUUUUCUUUGAAGGCAGAGCAACCUGCACACAGUCCUCCAGCCAGUCAUUGUUUACAGGACUUUGUUUCCCACUUAAAGUGAACUGGAAUGCCAUGGAACGUAACAGUAUGUUAUGGGUGUCUCCUUGGAUGGGCAUAUGCUCAUAAAAGAUGUCAAGAAAGGGAGAAAAGUAACUCUCAGGGGUGCCUGACUUUAUAAUUAUCUAUGUGAACGUCAAAUUCGCUUACAGUAAAUUUUCUGUGAGAAGUAUUAAUAAGAACGCUGUUAUAAGGUCACAUAAUGCUGGCUGUUGCAUGGAUUUGAAUGUGGCUUGAGUGAGGAAAUAAGUCUAAUGCAUAUGUCAGAAUAAUUUUCCAAAACCAAUGUUCAAACACGUCAAGGCUAAAGGCUGGUUGUCACAGACUUUGUCCAGUUGGAUACACACAACCUUUGUCCAUUGAACGGUCCUUCUCUGCCAGUGCAGGAUGGUGUGGUAAAGGGAAGAGCAGAGGGUCUGGAGGUCACAGCCCUGGAUUUCCAUUUUGCUCCAUGACUCCCUUGCUCUGAGACACUAACUAACUAAAGCUGGCUUUUUGAGCCUGAUCUGUAAAGUAGAGAAAAUAUUAACAGUUGGGAAGAUGAAGAAGAAUGUGUAUAUGUGUGUUCAUUUAAAUCUAAUUCUGGUGAGAUGCAUAUAAGGCCUCUAGGUGGUAGAAUAUCUGGUAGUAACUUAAACUGAAAUAGCAGGGCUCAAAUUCCUUUGCGUCUAAUUUCAGCUGAUUAUAUAAGCAGCAGCUGAACACCAGCAAUACCCCCUGACAUCCUCUGAGUGAAGAGCCUAUAUUUCCCUCACUGGUUCAUGAUGUCCCCAGCAGCAGAAGGCUAUCUCUUGACUCUGAGUCCGCUGAACAAAACACUGUUGAUGAAAUCUCCUUUGUCAGAAGCCUUUGGGGUUUGAUGCUUAAGUCCAGUGGUCUACUUCAUAUUUUUGUUUUGUUGAAACUUAGUGCUUGUACAAGUUUAACUUCUGGAAUCAGAAAACAUUCCAUGAACUUUUCUUUUAGAGGCCUCCAGCAAACCUUUUAGGGGUCCUUGGACAUUUAUGCCUGUGAGUCAUGGAUAUAUGCAGACACCAGGAAUGCAGUCAUCCUCAACAAAUUUCUCCUAACAGGGCAUGUGCAUACUUGUUAGAUGUGCCCUCCAAGAUUAUGUAAAACAUUAUUCUUGCCUGUUUUUAAGUGUUUGUCUGUGUAGUUUGGUUACAGUUGUUUGGCAGUGGCUACAGCCAUUGUCUGUCCAGACGUUUAUAAAGGAAAUGUGCAGGUUGAGUGACGUUCCUAUAUACUUUGCCCAGAUUUGCUCAACCUACAAGUUUUGUUCAAACUACAAGUACUUA